GUUCUCACCCUGUUCCGCAGUUCCAGCUCACCUCUUCCCUCUUCCACUUCUCACAGCAACAAGCUUCUUUUGUAUCGAGCGGCAAGUAUGGCUUUCCCUUGCAUCCUCGCCCUUCUCCUCACGCUCGUUUCUCUACUGCGCACCGCCACGGCAACGAAUAUGCCCGCCGGUGGAUGCCACACCCGUUACGUCUGCCCUUACAUAGACAACCUCGCUACAGCCACCAUCUCCCAGUCCACGUACACCAAUUAUAAGUACAUCGGGAACUACCAGGGGCUGUUCAACAGCCAGGGCGGGCAAUACAUUGAGCACCAGCGCGGGUCUGGCCCCGUGAACUUCGAGCGGUACACGGAGGUUGGGACGAUUUUCGACGUGGUGAAGGGCGUGUAUGGCGACACGCUGCAGGAGUGCUGCCGCGCCUGCGCGCGUUCCACGUACUGCUACCAGUGGCACUGGUUCAAGAACGCGCGUCUCGCUGGCGAAAACGCCAAGGUGACGGGCUUUAUCGACCGCAUUCAAUGUUAUCUUCUGGAGAAGGUCGGCGGCUCGGGAACGUCGGGCCCCUUCAAGACCCCCAAUGCGGGCGACGCUGCGACGCAGACGGCGAACGCGGUUAACUACCCGCUCAGCUUCGUCGGCGGGCUCUGCAACGGCACUGCGCUCGUCGAAAACGACCCGCAUCUGACCGGCGCGCACGGCACGCACUACGAUUUCACCGGGCGUCUCGACCGGUCUUUCUGCCUCUUCUCCGACCGUCGAUUCCACGUGAAUAUGCAUCUGAACGGUUACCAGGGCGCCCCGCCCGCUCUUCCCGCGUCGGCGGCAUCGACUAACAAGGAAACGAGCACGGAGCUUCACACGUGGAUUAAGGAGGUCGGCGUGGUGUGGAUGACGCCCGACGGCGCGAACCACACGCUGCGCAUGGUUGCGCGCAAGGGCAAGCAGCAGGAGCGCGGAGACAACGGCUUCCUCUCGCUUCUCGAGAUCGACGGCAAGACGACGAGCCCGCCGAGCGUCGGCGAAUCGAUCGCGACGGAAAGCGGGUUUGUGCUAACCAAAAUCGCGGAGGAGAAGGAAGGGCCCUUCGACGUGGAUCAGUUUCAGGUGCGCGUGGUGGGGCUGGGGGAAAUCGACGUGCGCGUGCGCGUGGCGCACCCGCUGCUGCAAACUCCAACCGAGGCGGAAGCUCACUUCAAUGUCGAGCUGUCCGACGUCAAGAUGACGUCAGCAGUGCACGGCGUGCUGGGGCAGACUUUCAGGAAUACCCCGGAGCAGCUGCAGCGCGCGAUUAAGUACUCGCACUUAGCGGCGCUGCUUCGCCACCCCGUGGAUGUGGAUAGGGCCGAAGGCAAGGGCUUCCUGGACGGCGAAGUGGAGGACUAUGUCUCGUCGUCUAUCGUCGCGCCGGACUGCAAAUACUCCAGCUACAGCACUGCCUAAGAGGGAGCCCCUAGACUGCUCGGGAUCAGAGUGGAUGGGAGAUUAAGAGAAGUCUAAGAAAUGCUGCUGGGAGCUACGAUGUCUGGUAUACUGGCUGCGCUGUGUUGCGAGAUCCGAGUGAGGCAUGUAAGAUCUAAGCUGGAGGGACGGCAAACUUGGGUGCUGUUUCCGCCCGUGAGCCUAACGAAUGGCAGCCUGUCGAAGGCAAAUAAAGGUGCCCGGAAGGCCGCCGAACUGUAGACUAUAAUUUCCAUGUAUUUUGAUUAUUCUUAAUAUUUCAUCCACAGUUUAAGCAUUGCAUUU